AUGGCUACAAAACGAGCCCGGGAUACAGACACCAAGACCGAGAAAAUUUCUCCAGCACCAGAGCGAUCCACAGAACCUCCAAGCAAAAAGCGCAAAGGAUUCUCUGUCGGCCCUGCUAAUUUACCAGAUGGCACAUAUCGUCGCAAAGUGCAAAAGAUUAAAAGCGACCUAAUCCAGAAAGCGAAGGUGAAGAAGGCCUACGCAAAAAUAAGAGACAGAGAACUUGCAGCUGUGCAGAGGGCUACACCGAUCUACGAAACCGGAAAAGAUAAUGGCAAUGCCAAUGGAGUCGAGAGUGACGAUAAAAAUGCCGACCAGGGAGGCAACGGUGGUCCAGAGAGUAACUCGGCGAGUCUAGAGCUACAUCCAGACCGGCAAGCGAUGCUGAAUCGACCAUCUCCAAAGCCCGCACCUAGAACGGAUCGCGAUGGUCCGAAUUUGCAGCGUCGAGAGAGGAAGCCAAAGAGGUCUGCGUUCGCCAAGGAACUAGAGAUCGCGGAGAAAAGGAAGCAAGAGGCCGAGGCAAGAAGGAGAGAGCGCGAGCUGAAACAAAAGGAGCGCGAGGCGAUGGCUAGGGCCAGGCGCCCUGAUCGGGAUGGGAAGAGAAGACUGGGGAGGGAAAGCAAGGUCUUACUGGAUCGGGUGCAGCGGAUGGUUGGCCAGGCCUCAUAG